CAUCCAGUCGGAUGGCAUAAUAGAAAUGCUACGUUUUGAUGAAGGAGACCUAUUGCAGACUGAGACAACUAUAGGCCUCAGUUCAUAUCAACAGAAGAGUGUAUCCCUAUAUCGGGGAAAUUGCCGACCUCUCCGGUUUGAGCCACCGAUGCUGGAUUUCCAUGAACAGCCAGUUGGAAUGCCAAAAAUGGAAAAAGUUUACCUACAUAACCCUAGCUCAGAAGAAACAAUUACGUUAGUAUCAAUAUCUGCUACAACAUCACAUUUUCAUGCAUCAUUCUUUCAAAAUAGGAAAAUUCUUCCAGGAGGGAAUACAUCCUUUGAUGUAGUUUUCCUCGCAAGAGUAGUGGGAAAUGUAGAGAACACUUUAUUUAUUAACACUUCUAAUCAUGGGGUAUUUACUUAUCAGGUAUUUGGCAUUGGAGUACCGAACCCCUAUCGAUUGCGCCCAUUUAUUGGGGCACGAGUUCCUGUAAAUAGCAGUUUUUCUCCUAUAAUAAAUAUACAUAACCCUCACAGUGAACCCUUGCAGGUUGUAGAAAUGUAUUCCAGUGGAGGUGAUCUCCAUUUAGAGCUUCCAACAGGCCAGCAAGGAGGUACAAGGAAGCUAUGGGAAAUACCUCCGUAUGAAACAAAAGGAGUGAUGAGAGCCAGCUUUUCUUCAAGAGAAGCAGAUAAUCAUACAGCCUUCAUUAGAAUAAAAACAAAUGCCUCAGACAGCACAGAAUUUAUCAUUCUCCCUGUUGAAGUAGAAGUUACAACAGCACCAGGAAUCUAUUCAUCAACAGAAAUGCUAGAUUUUGGUACGCUACGAACACAAGAUCUGCCAAAAAUUUUAAAUCUGCAUUUAUUAAAUUCAGGAACAAAAGAUGUGCCAAUUACAAGUGUUAGACCUACACCUCAGAACGAAGCUAUUACAGUACAUUUCAAGCCAGUUACGUUAAAAGCUUCUGAAAGUAAAUAUACCAAAGUUGCAAGUAUUAGCUUUGAUGCAUCAAAAGCAAAAAAGGCAUCACAGUCUUCUGGGAAAAUAACUGUUAAAGCAAAAGAGAAGAGCUACUCCAAACUUGAAAUACCGUAUCAAGCAGAAGUGUUGGAUGGAUAUUUAGGAUUUGAUCAUGCUGCCACACUGUUUCACAUCCGUGACAGUGCUGCUGAUUCUGUGGAAAGACUGAUCUAUCUAACAAACACAUUCAGUUUUGCAGUCCUUAUACAUGAUGUUGUGCUACCAGAAGAAGCAAAACCAAUGUUUAAAGUCCAGAACUUCAGUAAACCAGUCUUAAUUCCGCCUAAUGAAUCCAGAUAUAUUUUUACACUUCAUUUUAUGCCUUCCACAUCAUCUGUUCAUAUAGAUAAUAAUAUUUUACUUAUCACCAAUGCUUCUAAAUUUCACCUACCUGUCAGAGCAUACACAGGAUUUUUAGAUUACUUUGUACUGCCUCCAAAAACUGAGGAACGGUUUAUAGAUUUUGGCAUAUUGAGUGCAACAGAAGCUACCAGCAUUUUAUUUGCAGUCAUCAACAGCAAUCCAAUAGAGCUGGCUAUAAAAAGUUGGCAUAUUAUAGGGGAUGGUUUGGCCAUAGAACUUCUAACCACUGAAAAGGGAAACAGAACAACAAUAAUUGCAAACCACCAUGAGCUACAGAAUGCUAGUGCAUCCGAUCAGUCUUCAGUGAUACUAGCAUCGGGUUAUUAUGCUGUGUUUAGAGUAAAACUAAUAGCAAAAGAACUUGAAGGAAUUCAUGAUGGAGCUGUACAAAUCACGACAGAUUAUGAGAUUUUAACCAUACCAGUGAAGGCAGUGAUUGCUGUAGGCUCGCUGACCUGCUCCCCAAGACAUGUUUUUCUUCCCCCUUCUUUUCCGGGGAAAGUGGUUCACCAGAGCCUGAACAUUAUGAACUCCUUUUCUCAGAAAGUGAAAAUACAACACAUCCGCUCCCUGACAGAAGAUGUAAGGUUUUAUUAUAAGAGGCUAAGAAGUAAUAAAGAAGAUUUAGAGCCAGGAAAAAAGUCAAAGAUUGCAAAUAUUUAUUUUGAUCCUGGUUUACAAUGUGGAGAUCAUUGUUAUGUAGGAUUGCCAUUUCUAUCUAAAUCGGAAUCUAAAGCUCAGCACAGCAUAGCAAUGCAAGAAGAUGCAUGGGAUUCUGACUGGGAUUUGCAUGAGAAUUUAUUCAAAGAAUGGACAGAAAUUAAAGAGAACUCAAGCCACAGACUGAAUGCUGUAUUUGAAGUAGACACAGACCUCCAGAAGGAUGUCCGGCUGAAAAUUACAGCAGAAAUGGCCUGGCCAUCCAUACUUAGUUCACCACGCCAUCUAAUCUUCCCUCUUACCAACACAAACAGUUCAUCAGAAGAAGAAAUUUUUCUAGAGAAUCCAGCUGAUGUUCCUGUGCAUGUUCAGUUCCUUCCUAUAGCUCUGUAUUCUAACCCAUCCACUUUUGUUGAUAAGAUGUUGCAACGGUUUAAUUUAAGUAAGCCAGCUAAUUUCAAUCUGAGGACUCUAGAGUUCCAGGUCUUCAGAAACUGUGUACAGCCACUACAGAGCACUGCAGGACUUACAAAGGGAAUGGCUCGUCAUUCAGUUUUAAGCCUAAUACUAAAACCUGGUGAGAGAAAGUCUGUCAAAGUGAAGUUCACUCCAGUUCUUAAUAAAACUGUUUCAUCAUUAAUUGUUAUCAGAAAUAAUUUGACUGUAAUAGAUGCCAUAAUGGUACAAGGACAAGGAACGACUGAGAGCUUGAAGGUUGCAGGCAAACCUCCUGGUCCAGGAAGUUCUUUACGCUUUAAAAUCACAGAAGCAUUAUUAAAAGACUGUUCAGAGA